AGAGGCUUAUAAAUCAGAUGUGAGAAAAAUAUGGAGGGGUGAUACGGUAAUUUAGAAGUUGGAAGAUUUGAGUUUGCGAGUUGCGAGUUAUACUUAUGGCGGUCUUGUUUUUGUGGCUAUAUAAACGCUACUAGUGGGUGUGUGUAGAAGCGAGGAAUCACAGAAUCAGAUAGACUCACUCCAUUUCAAAUCAGUUUCCUAAAAUACAAUAAUAAUAAUAAUAAUAAUAAUACACUAUGGCAUUAUCACGCGUUGUUCUGCUUCUCGGAGUGUUAUUGCUUCUCUGCCUUUCUAAAGUUUCAUCUGAUGUGAAGAUAGAAGAUGAAGAUGAUGAACAACUGAGCCUGCCCGCGGACAAGCCACUUAUUGUGAGAGACAGCAACAGAAGGCUAAUGCAAGAUAUAGAUUGUGGUGGACUAUGCAAAGAAAGGUGCAGUUUGCACUCAAGACCGAAUUUGUGCAACAGGGCUUGUGGGACAUGCUGUGUGAGGUGCAAGUGUGUCCCUCCUGGUACUGCUGGUAACAGGGAACUAUGUGGUUCUUGCUACACUGACAUGACCACCCAUGGUAACAAGACCAAGUGCCCUUAAGCCUUAACCUAUCUUACAACUUCCCCUUAUGUAUUAUUUCUUCCUUCUUGUGUUGUAGUUUGUGCCUUUCUUGUGGCUGGUAUGUGAAUCUAGUGUAUAACUGCUUAGUUCUUAUGAGAAAAAUACAAAUAUUUGUCAUUAUGAGAUAUAUAUUAUUACUUUACUUUCAUGUUUGGACAACUAAUACACAAUUAUUAGUACAAAUAUCAUAAAAUUGGAAAAUGUACAAAAACACCGUUCUAUGUGAAUAUGUGAUAUUUGAUUG